GGGGGCCCUCCUCGGCCUCGGCCUCACCGUUGUCGUGGUGGUCACGGCCGUGGUGGCCUUGCUGCACCGGCUGCGCCUUAAGAAGGUGCCCGCCCAGGAGACCCCCCGGUACCGGUUCCGCAAGAGGGACAAGAUGCUCUUCUACGGCCGCAAGAUCAUGCGCAAGGUGUCCCAGUCCACGUCGUCCCUGGUGGACACCACCAUCUCCAGCACCUCCCGGCCCCGCAUGAAGAAGAAGCUGAAGAUGCUCAACAUUGCCAAAAAGCUGCUGCGCAUCCGGAAGGAGCAGCCGACGCUGCAGCUGAAGGAGCCGCCGCCGGCGGUGCUCGAGGCCGACCUGACCGAGUUCGACGUGGCCAACUCACACCUGCCCUCCGAGGUGCUCUACAUGCUCAAGAACGUCAGGGUGCUGGGGCACUUCGAGAAGCCGCUGUUCCUGGAACUGUGCAAGCACAUGGUGUUCCAGCAGUGCCAGCAGGGAGACUACGUGUUCCGGCCCGGCCAGCCCGACACCAGCAUCUACGUCCUGCAGGACGGCAAGCUCGAGCUGCUGCUCACCGAGCCGGACGGGAAGGAGACGGUGAUGAAGGAGGUGUUCCCUGGGGACAGCGUCCACAGCCUGCUCAGCAUCCUCGACGUCAUCACGGGCCACCAGCGGCCGUACCGCACGGUGAGCGCCCGCGCGGCCGAGGACUCCACCAUCCUGCGCCUGCCCGUCGAGGCCUUCUCUGCCAUCUUCGAGAAGUACCCCGAGAGCCUGGUGCGGGUGGUGCAGAUCAUCAUGGUGCGCCUGCAGCGUGUCACCUUCCUGGCCUUGCACAACUACCUGGGCUUGACCAACGAGCUCUUCAGCCACGACAUGCAGCCCCUGAAGCUCUUCCCCCAGCCCGGCCACGCCGCCCGCACCAGCCCCGUCCGGCACAGCAAGAGGGGCCUGGGCAGCACCGACGAGGGCCGGGAGCAGGCUGAGCUGCUGAAAAGUGCAGGACUGGAGACCCCGGUGGUGCCGCCGCCGCCCCCCCUGAGCCGCUGCAUCUCCAUGCCCGUGGAUAUCUCCGGCAUCCAGAGGGGUCCCCGCUCCGACUUCGACAUGGCCUACGAGCGCGGCCGCAUCUCGGUGUCGCUGCAGGACGACAGCACGGGGGGCAUGGCCGGCUUCGCUCGGUCGGUGUCCCACAGGCCCAAGGAGCGCAAGUCGGUGACUCUGGAGGAGCCCCCGCCGGGGUCCCACCAGUCCAACUCGAGCGAGGACGAGGCGGGGCCGGGGCCGAGUCCCUUCGGGCCCUUCCAGGGCCGCCAGACCAGCCUGGUCUUCGAGGCCGCCAAGCAGGAGCUGGUCAAGCUCAUGAAGGUCGAGGACCCCUCUCUCCUCAACAACCGCGUCCUGCUCCACCACGCCAAAGCCGGCACCGUCAUUGCCCGCCAAGGUGACCAGGACGUGAGCCUGCACUUCGUGCUGUGGGGGUGCCUGCACGUGUACCAGCGCAUGAUCGACAAGGCGGAGGACGUGUGCCUGUUCCUGACGCAGCCCGGCGAGCUGGUGGGGCAGCUGGCCGUGCUCACCGGGGAGCCCCUCAUCUUCACCAUCAAGGCCAACCGCGACUGCACCUUCCUCAAGAUCUCCAAGUCCGACUUCUACGAGAUCAUGCGGGAGCAGCCCAGCGUGGUGCUGAACGUGGCGCACACGGUGGCCGCCCGCAUGUCCCCCUUCGUGCGCCAGAUGGACUUCGCCAUCGACUGGAUGGCGGUGGAGGCCGGGCGGGCGCUCUACAGGCAGGGGGACAAGUCUGACUGCACCUACAUCGUGCUCAACGGGCGGCUCCGCUCGGUCAUCCAGAAGGGCAGCGGCAAGAAGGAGCUGGUGGGGGAGUACGGCCGAGGGGACCUCGUGGGCGUGGUGGAGGCCCUGACCAGGCAGCCCCGAGCCACCACGGUGCACGCCGUGAGGGACACCGAGCUGGCCAAGCUCCCCGAGGGCACCUUGAACAACAUCAAGCGCAGAUACCCACAGGUCGUCACCCGCCUCAUCCACCUGCUGAGCCAGAAGAUCCUGGGGAACCUCCAGCAGCUCCGAGCGCCCUUCACAAGCUCUGGCCUGGGAGUGACCUCCAGCUCGGAGCCCAUCAACCCCACGAGCAACCUGUCGACGGUGGCGGUGCUGCCGGUGUGCGAGGAGGUGCCCACGGCCGCCUUCACACUGGAGCUGCAGCACGCGCUCACCGACGUCGGCCCCACGCUGCUCCUCACCAGCGACAUCAUCCGCGCCCGCCUCGGCUCCUCGGCGCUGGACAGCAUCCAGGAGUACCGGCUGUCGGGCUGGCUGGCGCAGCAGGAGGACAUCCACCGCAUCGUCCUCUACCAGACCGACUGCACCCUCACCACCUGGACCCUGCGCUGCUUCCGCCAGGCCGACUGCAUCCUCAUCGUGGGGCUGGGAGACCAGGAGCCCGAGCUGGGGGAGCUGGAGCAGAUGCUGGAGAACACGGCGGUGCGGGCGCUGAAGCAGCUGGUGCUGCUGCACCGCGAGGACGGGCCCAGCCCGGCGCGCACCGUCGAGUGGCUCAACAUGCGCAGCUGGUGCUCGGGGCACCUGCACAUCCGCUGCCCCCGCCGCGUCUUCUCCCGCCGCAGCCCCGCCAAGCUGCGGGAGAUGUACGAGAAGGUGUUUGAGAAGGAGCCCGACCGCCACAGUGACUUCUCCCGCCUGGCGCGGGUCCUCACCGGCAACACCAUCGCCCUGGUGCUGGGUGGCGGCGGGGCCAGGGGCUGCUCCCACAUCGGGGUGAUCAAGGCCAUGGAGGAGUCAGGGAUCCCCAUCGACAUGGUGGGCGGCACCUCCAUCGGCGCCUUCAUCGGGGCUCUCUACGCCGAGGAGCGCAGCGCCGUGCGCACCAUGCAGCGGGCCAGGGAGUGGGCCAAGUGCAUGAAUUCAGUCUUUGAGACCGUCCUGGACCUCACCUACCCCAUCACCUCCAUGUUUUCGGGCUCGGCCUUCAACGCCAGCAUCAACAAGGUGUUCCAGGACAAGCAGAUCGAGGACCUGUGGCUGCCCUACUUCAACGUCACCACCGACAUCACGGCCUCGGCCAUGCGCGUGCACACGGACGGCAGCCUCUGGCGCUACGUCCGAGCCAGUGCCUCCUAUACCCCCUACCUGCCUCCGCUCUGCGACCCCAAGGACAGCCACUGGCUGGUGGACGGCUGCUAUGUUAACAAUGUCCCAGCCGACAUCGCGCGCAACAUGGGGGCCAAGACGGUGAUCGCCAUCGACGUGGGCAGCCAGGACGAGACCGACCUGUGCAACUACGGGGACAGCCUGUCUGGGUGGUGGCUGCUCUGGAAGCGCCUCAACCCCUGGGCUGAGAAGGUCAAGGUGCCCGACAUGGCCGAGAUCCAGUCCCGCCUGGCCUACGUGUCGUGCGUGAGGCAGCUGGAGGUGGUGAAGUCGAGCUCGUACUGCGAGUACAUCCGCCCGCCCAUCGACCGCUUCAAGACCAUGGACUUCGGCAAGUUCGACGAGAUCUACGACGUGGGGUACCAGCACGGCAGGGUGGUGUUCGAGGCCUGGCGCCAGGGGGACGUCAUCGACAAGAUGGUCCGGGACCGGCGCUCGGCCGACUUCUACGAGAGCAAGCGCAUGGAUGUUCUCACCUGUCCCAGCGCCGGCUUCACCGACCUGGCCGAGAUCGUGUCUCGCAUCGAGCCGGCCAAGCCCUGCCUGUCCGACGGCUACGGCGACGAGGAGUCCGACUGCCUGACGGAGGACGAGGGGCCCGAGUCGGGCCGGGGCGAGGAGGACGCGUUCGCCGCCUCGGAGUGGGCCGGGAACGGCGCCCUGGAGGCUGAGGAGGAGAGGACCCUUCGGCACCGCCGAGCCGCGGCAGGACCCCCCGACCCUCUGCGGAUCCCCGACGGUUUCUGA